AUGAAAGAAGGCCUGGGACUGUGGCCGCCAGUCACCGGGCUGUUUCCCAAGGUGGUCCCGCCUGAAGGUGAUACGUUCAAUGGCGUAUUUCUCCCUGGUGGCAUUGAGAUCGGACACUCUCCUUGGGCCAUCCAUCGCAGCACUAUUGUCUUCGGUCCAGACGCGAAUGUCUUCCUUCCCGAACGCUGGCUCGAAGUCCCAGAGCCUCAAUUGCAGGAAAUGGAACGGAGCAAUGAGCUGAUCUUCGGGUACGGGCGCUUCAGAUAUCUGGGGAAGGCUGUUGCGUUUCUAGAGUUAAACAAGAAUUUCGUAGAGCUGCUAAGUAGGUAUGACAUUUCCCUCAUCGACCCCUCGAAUCUAUGGAACUCGGUGAAUGCGGGGACCUUUGCGCAAAAGGACAUGUGGGUGCGAAUUACACGGAGGGAUGGAUGUAUGGACUGA